CUCUACUCAAGCUGCUUCUAUAGCCACAUCAGAAUAAGCUCAAGAUUCUGGAGCCACCGCCAUGGCCUUGUUCUCUAACACCUUCCUCGUGCUCUCCGUCCUUUUUUUUCUAGCUCGUGCUGCCACUGGACAGUUGUCACCUACGUUUUAUGGCCGUAACUGCUCAAACCUGCAGAGCAUUGUGAGGCCGGUCAUGGCACAAGCUGUUCAAAAAGAGCCGAGGAUGGCUGCGUCCAUCCUUCGCCUCUUCUUCCAUGAUUGCUUCGUAAAUGGAUGUGAUGGAUCUAUCCUUCUGGACGACACGCCAACAUUCACCGGUGAGAAGAACGCUGGCCCAAACGCAAACUCUGCCCGUGGGUUUGAAGUCAUCGACGCCAUCAAAACCCAAGUCGAAAAUGCUUGCAAAGCAACCGUGUCGUGCGCCGACAUCCUGGCACUUGCGGCACGCGAUGGAGUCGCUCUGGUGGGCGGACCAAAUUGGACUGUGCCUCUGGGUCGCAGGGAUGCGAGGACGGCGAGCCAGAGCGCGGCCAACAGCAACCUCCCGGGCCCCGGCUCGAGUCUGUCCACCCUCAUCUCCGCGUUCGCGGCCAAGGGUCUCAACGCUCAAGACCUGACCGCACUCUCGGGAGCGCACUCCAUAGGGCGAGCGCGGUGCCUCUUUUUCCGCAACCGCAUCUUCAACGAGGCCAACGUGAAUGCCAGCUUCGCCGCCCAGCGGAAGCAAACCUGCCCGGCUUCCGGUGGCGACAGCAACAUCGCCCCCUUCGAUAUCCGGACCCCCGACCAGUUCGACAACGCCUACUACCAGGACCUCGUGAAUCAGCAGGGGCUGCUGCACUCCGACCAGGAGCUCUUCAAUGGUGGCUCUCAGGACGCGCUGGUCCGGCAGUACAACACCAAUCCUGCAUUGUUUGCGAAGGACUUCUCGGCCGCCAUGAUCAAGACGGGGAACAUCAGCCCGCUCACCGGAAGCAGAGGGGAGAUCAGAUUGAAUUGCCGGAAAAUUAACUGAUACCGACUAAUUGUUGGACAUCUCGUGAAGAUUAAUUUAGAGAACAAGAACUCAGUCAGAGUUUUAAAUUGUAGCCGUGGACCCUGGUCACGGGGGAUUGCCACUUGUAUUCGUUGCUAUUUUAAGGAGUGAAGCGGAAAGAAAGAACUAAAUGAACGAAUGGAGAUUUUGACUGUUUUGAGUAAACCGGAAAAGACUGGCAAUCGUAAUUAAUUUCUAAUGUUGUUUGACGCGAAGAUUCUUUGGUUUGAGUGGUGGAAGAACGGGGAGAAGCACGCAUCCCGCGCGGGUUCACAUGACUGAGUGUUGGCAAACGGACGAGAGGUGGGCGGCCAUCAGCACCAAGUUGUCGCAAACCCACGUGCUGUACGGGAUUUAUGGGAGUAUUCUGGAAAAUUUGGUCCAAAAUAAGUUUAAAUAACACUGCAAUCUUAAAUUUGGGCGAGGGCCGUUGAAACCUCGAUGUACUCAAAGGGCAUUCGCCCGUGGGGACCGAAGUUUGAGGUCCAAUCAGGACUUGGAUCAGCAGGGAGUCCUCUAUCUCACGCUCACACUUCUAAUUUUAUUGCUCUCAAGUCUCCCCUAUUCUCCAAA